UCCAAACUUCCAUCUGAUUUUUAACAUUCACAAACUUCAAAACUAAUACAGAGGUAAGAUUAUGAUAUCCUCCCUUCAAGUGGCCAGGCAUGGAAAUCGCUCUUCGGCCAAUAUCUGGUCGUCAGCGAUACUCUAUGUCCCUUGAUCAGAGUUGAUGAACCCAUUCAAAUGCUCUGGCAAUGGGUACUCUUCACGCUCUGGGCUACAGGACACUAACUGGACCUGAUUUCAGAUACCUCAAAUAGCCUACGUGCCUUUGAGAAUCUCCGCGUCCAACCGACACCAUGACUCGCACCUCCGUCCUCAACGAUUGCUUGAACGCCAUCAACAAUGCCGAGAAGUCGGGAAAGCGCCAGGUCCUGAUCCGACCGAGCUCGAAGGUCAUCGUCAAGUUCCUGCGCGUCAUGCAGAAGCAUGGCUACAUUGGCGAGUUCGAGGAGAUUGACGACCACCGCAACGGCAAGAUCGUGGUCCAGCUCAACGGACGCAUCAACAAGACCGGCUGCAUCAGCCCGCGAUACAACGUCCAGCUCAAAGACCUCGAGAAGUGGGUCGUCCAGCUUCUGCCGUCGCGUCAAUUCGGCUUCAUUGUCCUCACCACCUCGGCUGGGAUCAUGGACCACGAGGAGGCCAGGCGAAAGCAUGUCGCGGGCAAGAUCAUCGGCUUCUUCUACUAAGCGAUACCAUGGGUUCUCAGCACUGUUGUUGUGUCCCAGCGGAAGGUGUAUGGAACGGUUUGAGCACAUGCAGCGGACCUGACGUACCUUGAAGCAUCCCAAAAGUUCUUGAAGCGAUGCUAUUCAUAGAUCAAUCAAAAGAGCUUGUUGAAGCA